AGGUGGAUGAGGCCAGUGAGACUCAUGAAGGUGUUCGUCACCCGCAGGAUCCCCCCCGAGGGCUGGGCCGCGCUCGCCCGGGCCGCAGAAGUGCAAGUAGGAGACUUUCCCGUGGCAUGGACUCCCAGGACAGGACAGUCAAGCCUCAACUGGUGCAGGGACUGCCCACCUCAAGCCACCGCCCCCCACUGGCCCUGAGGCCUCCUCUGUGAGGUGGAGCACUGGGAUUCAGAUGAGCCAAUCCCUGCCAAGGAGCUGGAGCGAGGUGUGGUGGGGGCCCACGGCCUACUUUGCCUCCUCUCUGACCGAGUGGACAAGAGCCUCCUGGAUGCUGCAGGAGGCAAUCUCAAAGUCAUCAGCACCAUGUCUGUGGGCGUUGACCACUUGGCUUUGGAGGAAAUCAAGAAGCGGUAAAAGCAGCUUGCGCUCUGGAAGGGGCCUGGGCGGCAUCCGUGUGGGCUACACCCCAGAUGUCCUGACAGACGCCACGGCAGAACUCGCCAUGUCCCUGCUGCUCACCACCUGUCGCCGCUUGCCAGAAGCCAUCGAGGAGGUGAAGAACGGUGGCUGGACCUCAUGGAAACCCCUGUGGAUGUGUGGCUAUGGACUCACACGGAGCACCGUGGGCAUCAUCGGGCUGGGGCGCAUAGGCCAGGCCAUUGCUCAGCGUCUGAAGCCAUUCGGUGUCCAGAGAUUUCUGUACACGGGGCGCCAGCCCAAGCCUCAGGAAGCUGCAGAAUUCCAGGCAGAGUUUGUGUCCACCUCCAAGCUGGCUGCUGAAUCUGAUUUCAUCAUCGUGGCCUGCUCCUUAACCCCUGCAACCAAGGGGCUCUGCAACAAGGACUUCUUCCAGCAGAUGAAAAACACGGCUGUGUUUGUCAACAUCAGCAGGUACGCUGGGGCCGCCCAAGCUCCCUGGGGCACCGAGAAUGUCUAGAGAGGGGCUGUCCCUGCUGCCGGGAUCCCCAUGGCUUGUCCCUGAGACCUUGGGCAGAGCCUGCUGCUCCCUAAACCAACCACCAGCCAGCCCCAGCUCUGAAGUACAGUAAAGGCCACAAGAGAGUGCCCCAGGCUGGGAGGAGGAGCCCUCAGAGCAGGCCUGGCCUGUCUGGUUCCCAGCAGUUCCCUGAGCCAUGCUCAGGGCUGGGCACGUGGCAGAGUUGGCUUGGGGAGUGGAGGCGUGAUAGCGGCAAGUGACCAGGUAACCUUGGGCAGCCCAUGUUCUUCUCUGCUGCAAAGAGUUGGGUGUAAUGAUCUUAACAGCCCUUCAGAGGCUGACCUACCGUAACACUGAGCCUGGGUCUAUCUGUCUGAGUUAGUGACAGCUUGAACCGUGGUGCUUCUGGAAAGAUAGGCCCCAACCCAACUUAUCUCGGUUUAUCACAGUGUCCCCAGGGUGCCUUCAGGCCACUGGGCAUAUUAUGGGGGCAGACCUUCCCUCUCUGCCACUCCAAUCCCUGCCUGGAUGGUGCCCUUUGAACCUGCUUAAACCAGUUUGGAGGCAAGUAAAGGCAAAGGAAGGGAUUCCACGGGGUCCGCCUCAGGUCUCUCCACUCCAGAGGCCCCCGUCAUUAUUAAUGUUUAGCCGCAAAGGAGGUGCCCUGGAGGGGAGGUGGAUCAGGCAGGAGCGCAGGGCUGGCGCUGACGGCCGAUGGUGGCUCAGCCUCGGCGUACGGGGCCCCCGCACAGACCCAGGACUGGGCCGGGUACUGUGCAUUGUUGCCUGCCGCAACGAGUAUUACUUCGGGUGCAGGAUGAAGUCUCGAGCCAGUCCUUUCUUUCCUUCAGUGGCUCAGUCACAGGAGGGAGGGCUGCUCACUCGGGUGGAUGUGGUUAGGUAUAUCCUUGUGUUGGGCCCGCGCCCCACAGCGUGACGCCGUGGUUCAGCACGUUCUCGGGCAGACACACCUGGAUGGGGCCCCACACAGAUGCAGAUCGUGGGUCAGUAAGCACGCCUGGGAGUGGGGUGUAUUCUCCCCAUCUUACGGAGGAAGGUGACACACCUGCCCAAGGUCACACAGCUACGGAGUGGUGGGGCUGGGGUUCCCAGUGUUACUGCACAGACUUACUGUAAAGAAGUAGCUUAUCAGGGCACCUGGGUGG